UAUAACAUUGUUUUGAUAAUACUGUAGGCAAAGUGCACUGUAGGCGAUAGUAGACCUAACAACAAAAAGUAUCCAUUCAUGUUUAAAUAGUUAAGUGUUAUAUCAUUCUCUUUUCAGCACGAGAAAUGGGUCCUAUAAUACGACUAACAGUCCUCAUCAUAACCCACUAUUUCUCAGGGGUCAUAAGUCUUGUAGAUGGAAUGUCAAUGUUUGACACCCUGUGUGCAGAGGAUGGGGUGUACCCGCGCUAUAGCCCCUGGGACUGUGGGGCCUACAUCCUAUGUAACACUGGCAAGGCCUAUACAUUCCAGUGUCCACACGGUACGGUGUUUAGCCGGCAGAAUGGCAUGUGUGACUGGCCCCACAAAGUGGACCUGAGACAUUGCUCAAACAAUCCCUUAGGUCGAUUCGAUCACAUGUGUAAAUGGAAUCCAGGUGCAAAACUACCAAGUCAGAUGAGUUGUUCUCAGUACUUCGACUGUUCCCAGUCAGCCAGCAGCGUCGAAUACGUCAAAUACGUCAUGGAGUGCCCGUACCCGCAGCUGUUCUCGGAAGAGCAUAGAAGAUGUUUGCACUUCAAAUUAGUUCAGUGUGGCAAGCGGCCCGUGCCCGUUUUGGAGUACCUCGUUGUGUUUGUCCGAGGCCUGUUGGAGUAA